AUGUCCGAUGCAACUGCUUUUCAAGAAUCAUCCUCUGAUGAUCGACGUUUCCUUCAUUAUACAAUGAAAAUAACCGACCGUUUGGCCACGAAGAACUUCUUUUGUAAUAUAUUAGGAAUGAAAAUUCUACGUCAUGAAGAAAUGGACUCUGGUUGUUCCGCUCAGUGCAAUGGUGAUUACGAAUCUCCGUGGUCGAAAACCAUGGCAGGUUAUGGACACGAACAUUCCUUCUUCACAUUUGAAUUGAAUUACAAUUACGACGUUGAGGGUUAUAUAUAUGGGGAUGAUUUAUCUGCAGUAACAAUCUAUAGUCGACAAGCAGUUGCCAACGCUCAGCAAUUUCUCGAUAAGAAGUAUAUUGAGAGCGAUAAUAAAGAAUCGUUGAUUAUUCAUUCGCCCGAUGGUCAUCGGUUUAUUUUAAUUGACGAAGAUAUUUAUCCUGGCCAAGAUCCUGUUCGAUGUCUGUCGCUGAAUGUUUCGGAUUUGAACAAAUCCAAAGAUUAUUAUACACGUUUGUUAAAAAUGAAAAUCAAUGAGAAGGAAUCCAAUGAUAAACAUGUCAAGUUGUACUACGGUUUAACAACAUCGCAGGACUCACAAGUAAAGAGCAAAUCCGGCUUUCUCUUAGACAAACAAUGUCAAUUGCAACUGAACGGAUUGAAUAAACACAUCGAUCGAGGUACUGGCUACGGUAGAAAAGCGUUCUCGUGUCCCAAACAUGACAUCGAUUUGAUCCAAAGUAUGAUGGAAAAGGAAGGAUUCACUGUACUCAUACCAGCGAUGGAAUUAGGAGGCUUAUUGGACUUCAAUAAGCAAAAAGUCGUUAUUUUAUCUGAUCCUGAUGGACAUGAAAUCUGUUUUGUCGGCGAAGAAAAUUAUUUUAAAGGUUGUGAGACUGAUCCUGAUGCGGAGAAAAAAUUUUACAAAGGCUUAGAAAACACACCCGAUGAUCCGAAUAAAUAUCUAAUUGGUGAAGACGAAUCAACUAAACGUACAACAACGUCGUAA